CUGGGAGCUGGAGAGGAAGAAUGAGGAAGAGGAGUCCUCCAGUGCUGCUGCGCGCCUCGUCGUCCCAACAAAUGCGGGUUUGCUGAUGAAGCGCCGCUCCGGUUCUCCGAUCACACAGGUCGUUCAGGUCGCUCUGCAUGGAAACAACGAGGAGGAGUAACAGAAGACAACCACAGCAAAUAAAAAAAAAGCUGCUGCCGGUGCAUGGGAAUCCGGACUCCUCUCCGUCUCCUUUGUGCGUCUCGGUCGGUGGAUAUAAGAGCUCUCUGCGUCUCCAUAUUACCAUUCAGCCCACUGCUGGUUUACUGGCGCACCUCUACUACUACUACUGCUCCUCCUACUGCUGCUAGGACUAGUAGAGCUGCAGCUUUCACUGUCUUGUCUUGUGGACACUCUCUGGAUAGAAAGGUUCAACAUCAUCAUUAAUCGUCACCUCGCGGUUCUGGUUUGGACGUCAACAUGGGUCGCUGGGAUCAUUCCCUCCUGUCCCCAGCCCUGAGGCUAGCGGUCAUCACGGUGAUUCUCCUCCUCGAGCUCCAUCCCUCGUUGGCCGGCGCUCCCCCCGAGCAGAGCUUGGGUGGCUCCGUUUCGGUGGUGUCCACUAAUAAAACUGAAUGCAGUAAGCCUGAGGCGUGCGCGAGGGGGGUGUGCCUCCCUAUUUGGGAGCCCCAAAACCCGUCGUUUGGUGACAAAGUGGCCCGGGCAACAGUUUACUUUGUGGCUUUGGUCUACAUGUUCCUGGGUGUGUCGAUCAUCGCUGACCGUUUCAUGGCAUCGAUAGAGGUCAUCACGUCUCAGGAAAAGGAGAUCACCAUCAAGAAACCCAACGGGGAAACCACCACCACCACCGUUCGGAUCUGGAACGAGACCGUCUCCAAUCUCACCCUCAUGGCUCUGGGCUCCUCGGCUCCCGAGAUCCUGCUGUCCGUCAUAGAGGUCAUAGGUCACGGGUUCCACGCCGGCACGCUGGGCCCCUCCACCAUCGUGGGCUCCGCGGCGUUCAACAUGUUCGUCAUUAUCGGGCUCUGCGUGUACGUCGUGCCCGACGGUGAGACGAGGAAGGUCAAGCACCUCCGCGUCUUCUUCGUCACGGCCACCUGGAGUAUCUUCGCCUACAUUUGGCUCUAUCUGAUCCUGUCCGUGAUCUCGCCUGGCGUCGUGCAGGUGUGGGAGGCGCUGCUCACGUUCUUCUUCUUCCCCAUCUGCGUGUUGUUCGCCUGGGUGGCUGACCGCCGCCUGCUCUUCUACAAGUAUGUGUACAAGCGCUACCGCACUGGCAAGCAGCGUGGCAUGAUCAUCGAGACCGAGGGAGACCGUCCACUUCCUUCCAAGGUGGACAUUGAGAUGGACGGGAAGAUGCUGAACUCUCAUGGUGUCGACUUUCUGGAUGGUCCGCUGGGUUUGGAUAUAGAUGAGAAGGAUCUGAAUGAGGAAGAGACCCGGAGAGACAUGGCCAAGAUCCUGAAGGAGCUCAAGCAGAAACACCCUGACAAGGAGGUGGAACAACUCAUUGAGCUUGCCAACUACCAAGUCCUGAGCCAGCAGCAGAAGAGCCGCGCUUUCUACCGAUGCCAGGCCACCCGGCUGAUGACGGGCGCCGGCAACAUCCUGAAGAAACACGCCGCCGACCAGGCGCGAAAAGCCGUCAGCAUGCACGAGGUUCGCUCCGACAUCGGCGAAAACGAUCCCGUCUCCAAGAUCUUUUUCGAGCCCUGUUCUUACCAGUGCCUCGAGAACUGCGGCACGGUGGCGGUGAGCGUGGUGCGACGCGGCGGCGACGUGGGCAAAACGCUUUCUGUGGAGUACCGGACGGAAGACGGCACGGCCAAUGCCGGCUCGGACUACGAGUUCACAGAGGGCGUGGUGGUCUUCAAGGCCGGCGAGACGAUGAAGGAGAUCCGCGUGGGCAUCAUUGACGAUGACAUCUUUGAAGAGGAUGAAAACUUCCUGAUUCACCUUACCAACGUCAAGAUGUUGACGCCAGAAGGCGAGGAGCCCGAGGAAGGCGAGUCCGCUAAUCACGUGGACACGAUGGCGUGUCUCGGCUUACCCGCCACGGCGACCGUCACCAUCUUUGACGACGACCACGCCGGUAUCUUUACGUUUGAGGAGCCUGUAUUCCACGUGAGCGAGAGCGUCGGCGCCAUGGAGGUGAAGGUGCUGAGAACGUCAGGGGCUCGCGGCGUGGUCAUGCUGCCGUACAAGACGGUGGAGGGAACGGCACGAGGCGGCGGAGAGGACUUCGAAGACAUUCAUGGCGUCCUGGAAUUUCAGAACGACGAGAUCUUGAAGAGCAUAACCAUUAGGAUCUUAGACCGGGAGGAGUACAAUAAGCAGUCCUCCUUCUACAUGCUGCUUGACACCCCCCAAUGGAGACGCGGCGGGAAGGAACGGACAGAGGAACAGCUGAAGGAGGAGGAGGAGGAAGAACUAGAGGCGCUGAAGGGAAAAGAUGAUGAGGAGCAGCGCAUCGCUGAUAUGGGCCGUCCCAUGCUGGGAGACCACGUCAAACUGGAGGUCAUCAUAGAGGAGUCAUAUGAGUUCAAGAACACAGUGGACAAGCUGAUAAAGAAGACCAACCUGGCUCUGCUGGUAGGAACCAACAGCUGGAGAGACCAGUUCAUAGAAGCCAUCACUGUGAGCGCAGGCGAGGAUGAUGACGACGACGAGUGCGGCGAGGAGAAGCUGCCGUCGUGUUUCGACUACGUCAUGCACUUCCUCACCGUCUUCUGGAAGGUUCUGUUCGCUUUCGUCCCACCCACAGACUACUGGAACGGCUGGGCCUGCUUCGUCGUCUCCAUCUGCAUGAUCGGACUGCUCACCGCCGUCAUUGGGGACCUGGCCUCUCAUUUCGGCUGCACAGUCGGCCUGAAAGACUCGGUCACAGCAGUCGUAUUUGUUGCGUUGGGGACUUCUGUACCAGAUACCUUUGCCAGUAAGGUCGCUGCUACCCAGGAUCAGUAUGCAGACGCAUCCAUUGGUAAUGUGACAGGUUCCAACGCUGUCAAUGUUUUCCUGGGCAUCGGGGUGGCGUGGUCCAUCGCUGCCAUCUACCACAACAGCAGAGGGGAGGAGUUCAGGGUGGAUCCGGGCACGCUGGCCUUCUCCGUCACGCUCUUCACCAUCUUUGCCUUCAUCGCCGUCGGCGUGCUGAUGUACCGACGGCGGCCAGAGAUCGGCGGGGAGCUGGGAGGGCCCCGGACGGCGAAGGUCCUGACCACCAUGCUGUUCGUCAGCCUGUGGCUUCUCUACAUCCUCUUCUCCUCGCUGGAGGCCUACUGCCACAUCAAGGGCUUCUAAGAUGACGGGAGAUCACGAUGACGGAAGGGUGGGACAGAAGGAGAACACGGAGAAAAUGAUGGCUGUCUCAUCGAUCUAUCACUCCCUCCCUUUACGCAAUAGAUUGAAUGACGGAUGAAUGGAUGGAUGUACAGAUGAAGAAUAUGGAGGACGCAUUAAAGCAUCUAGUGGAAGGAAAAAUGGAUGCAUGGAAGGACGACGAGAAAACCAUAGGAGCUAGAGAGAUAACUCAGAAGAUGGAAGAAAAGGGAAUAAACUAAGGAAUAUUUUUUUUUGUCUUGAUCUAUAAAUCCAAACCAAUCAAGUUGUCUUAAACCCAACCCCCCGUUUUAAAUACAUGAAGCUAAUCCCCAAACACACACACACACAAUGUGUCUCAGCUGGUUCAAACCAUGAAGAAAAUGAGUUUUAACGAAACGAGGAGCGACGCACCAACCACGGCUCCCAGGAUGCGUUCGGCUUCAACAAUCCCAUUAAUCCCCCCUCCGGUUGGAGCAGUGCUACUCCCACGUCCAACUACAGCAACAAGCAGACAGAGUAACUCUAUCAGUAUGUACAUGCAUGACCAGACGAUUACCGAAAACACAAUCAGAAGAAACCGGACGUAUUGCCACAACUGUUUAAUGACAACAAACUGUGUGUGCGUGCUGGCGUGUGACUGGUGUGUUUCUGUGCUCGUGUGUUGUGGGAAGAUGGUCUGGAAGUACUGUGAAGAAGAAAAAAGAAAAAACGCCUCUCGUUUUUUUUUUUUUUGCUGUUGCUGCGUGAGACAGAAUAUGCUUAUCGUAUUCGAGGUCUUUUUUGACUCUCCCCCAGCCUGUAGAAAUGCUGAGUAAGACUCUUUAGCGGGAGGGCGCGUUCAAUGAAACGUCUUGAACAUCACUGAGGUUAGAAAUGUAAAUACAAAAAGAGCUGAACGUACAUUACAGCUCCACUGUUUUUCCUUCUGAAUGUCUUGGUUACGCCAUGCGCUCCUGAACGGGCCGUCUUUCCGUUGCUUUUUACAGUAGAUGUAAACGAUUUAAGGUCUAAUUUGAAUCAAGAAGGGGUUAGUGUGCUUUUACCUUUAAUAAGGCCAUGUCUGAGAGGACGAAAUAUGGCCACUCUACCGUUUAAAACUGUUAGAGAAACUAUUAUCAUUGCAUAAAUAUCUAGGUUAAUCUGUUUUGUUUUUUGUUUUUUUCAAACUGUGGAAUUCUGUCACCUGGUUUUCCACCUAUGAGAUUACCCCCCCAUCGUGUGUCAGUCGUAACGUUGCAAUAGACUUUGAAAACGUAGGUACCGCCCUCUGUGAAACCUCAUCGUUUUAUUCUCACCUCUCCCGUUGGUUUACUCAACAGCUCGUGUCAUCAUCUCCGUGUGUGUCUCAAGCACCUCCCCCACCUGGCUGGUCAGUGGACCAAUCAAAAAUCCUCAAGGGCUUUGUAAGAAACAACCACUAAUCCCUAACCCUGACCCUUGAUUUAUAAUUCUUCACAUACAUUGGUCUUUCGGGGGCUAUUUAACAGGGAUUUGUAUUCCUCAACAUUAUACACCAACUGCUCAGAUGUUAUCUUCCGUGUGGCUUUAAAAGGAAAACUAUAAUGACAGCUUCAAAAACGACCCGAUGAUCCAAAGUACUCGGUCGGACGAGGUCUCAACCUUUCCUGGACUCUUUCCCAGUUCAUUACAAAGACUGCCUAUAAAUUGCGGUCAGCCUUAUUCCAAAUUAAACCAUCCAUGCAAUGUUCUUUCCCGGGCCGCCUCCACUGUGCUGCUUAAAAAUACUACCCUUCAAGCAUGUGGAUCAUGAAGGCCUUAACACAAAAGGAAGCAAUGAACGUCUGACUUUUAUAUUGUUUCUUUAUUCAAGGGCAAGUGUUUGCUCUUGGCUGAAAAACCAUAACGUAAACUACAGUACGUGAUUCACUGCUUUAACUGUUGACUCAGUUUUCAGUCUUAACAUAGGAGCCAUCGGAUGAAGGAAAAAUAGUUGCUGAUGGUGGAGAAUAGGUGAACAGAUAUGGAUAAAUACUGUAGGAGCUUCGGGUACACAUCUAAUCUCAGACAGCCAGACUCUGUUUCACAAGCUCACAGAGGUUCGGAGACAAUUGUUUAUAA